UCAUUGUUUUGUCUUACUAUGCGAACCUUGAAAAUAACGGUUUGUCUUCUACUUGUCCAAUCAAAGAAUGCGUUUUUUGACAUUUAAAUUGAAUGAAACAUACAAAUUGUUAUUGUUGCAAUAAAUGAAAUACGAGCGCAUUUUUAAGAGAUAUGAGUAAUCGAAUCAUUGUAACAUGUAACACAGCUGAUUCAAGUUUUAUUGUUUCCAUAUAAAUUAUUCAAAAACUUCAUACACACACUAACAAUAUAAGAGCAAGAGCACAAGUGUUCACUGAUAGCAGAGAUACAAUGGCAUCGGGUGGCCAUAAUAUAGUAUUUUAUGAUACCAGCAAUUAUAAACCUCUAUGUGAAUAUGGAAGUUUCACAGAACCCGUUCAUUCUAUUGAUUGGAGUUAUGACUCCAAAUAUUUGCUAGUGGUUCCUUCCACAGGAUGUUGUGAAAUUGUGAGACCAUAUUUCUCAGAAGCCAAGGUUUUACAAAGUAUCAAAAUUCAUGGAGUAAAAUCUGCCGUGUUUUUCAAAAAUACUCACAGAUUUAUAGGCAUGGGCUUCGGUAAUGGCGAUGUGCAAAUAUGGGAUACAAAAAAGCAAGAGGUCAGCAAAACAAUGGUUUCAACUCACGCCAAUGUCAAUUGUAUUGAUAUUUCAUUCAAUGACAAUUAUAUGAGUGUUGGUUGUGAAGAUGGUCAUAUUAAUUUAUAUGGGUUAACAACCAACAAGAGGAUGCAGUCUCUAACCAUAAACUCAACAAGCUGGCCUAUAACAUCACUAAAAUAUAGUAGUAGAGAACAUGGAAUGUUUGGUGCAACAAAUGAUCAUGGUUUUGUAGCCAUCUGGGACGUAGUAAAGCGUAAAAAUCAUUUAUUUAUUGCCAAAAAUCAUUCAUCUAUUGCAUCUGGCAUUGCUUUAUCACCCAUUAAUACCAAUUUUUUUGUUUCUGUUGGCUAUGAUCAUUUAAUUUGUAUGUGUGAUUUACGGACCAAGCAAUCUGUUUGCAAUCGUGAGUCACCAUAUGCUUUAACAUCGGUUGACAUGUCAAGUGAUGGAAUAAUGAUGAUGUGUGGUCAUAGGAAAGGAGGAAUAUUGAUUUAUGAUUUACGGAAUAAUAAAGAACCUUUACUGAAUUUAUCAGAGCAUACUGGAGUCGUAUCAUCAGUAGCAUUUCAACAUGCUGUAAGAGAUAAUAAUAAAGAAAAAGGCCAUGAAACUAGCAUAGAACAAAAUUUGUCAUCGGACAAUAUAAGCAUUGAAAAAGUCAGUACAUCUGAUGAACAACAAGAUGAUAGUUUUCUCAAUCUUUUGGAUGAUAUGAAAGAAAAUACUUAUGUAUCUCCGAACAUUUUACAAACUCCAGCCAAAUGUGAAAUUGAUACUUUUAUGAAUGACCUAACUAGUCCCAAAGUAAGUGAACCAGAUUUGUUGUUAAAAAAUUUGACACCAAAGGAAUGCCGAAACCUUAAAUCGUCCAAUAUUAACUCUAAUGAAUAUCUAUCACCACUACCUUCAAUAAAUUAUGAAACAGCUUCUAGAAAUGAAAUAUUUAAAUCUACACCAAUUCCAGAAGAACUGAAAAAAGAAGAAGCUAAAGAAUAUUUAAAUUGUGAAGUAAACAAUGCUGAUUAUUUGGUUUUAAAAAAUGAGGUUGAAGAUAUGAAAAAACAUAUGAUGCAAAUGAUAGAAAUGCACAAAUCUAGCAUGUUACGUUUGCACAUGUUACUUUGCACGCAACAUAUAGAACUUAUGAAUAAACUUGAUAGUGGAUCGAUAACUACAGAUACAAUGCAAUUGAAAAAGGAAAUGAAAAGAUUACAAGAUGAAAAUGAAAUUUUGAGUUAUGAAAAUGGAAUUAUGAGAUCAGAACGAGAUAAGUAUUUAUCAGAGCCAAUUUCUUCAAAUGGCAUUGAUGAUUGAUUUUAAUUGCUUACAUUGUUGUAUAUUUACUAUAAAUAUUUUAAGCUAAUCAUAGUGAUUAAAUUGUUAAUAUAUGUUAUUUAAUAACU